GCGAUUUUUUGCAGCCCCGGAAGCUGAUCCAGUAGAGCAACGUGCGCUCUCGGGCUGGAGAUCCAGGAGAGCCAGUGGUGUAACUCAGUCAGUCUGAAGGCCUGCAAAUGAGGAUCCAGGCCAGCAGGAGAAGAUUGAUACCCCAGCUCAAGCAGUUAGUAUAACCUUACCUGAGAAAGAAGACUAGAAGAAGAGGGAAAAAAGAAGGAAUGGCUCUUUUCCAGGGAUGGCUGACAUUCAAGGAUGUGGUCAUAGAAUUCUCUCAGGAGGAGUGGGAGUGCCUGGACCCCGCUCAGAGGGCCUUGUACAGGGACGUGAUGUUGGAGAACUACAGGACCCUGGUCUCCCUGGGAAGUACUUCUGCUGGAUUUGCAAUCAAGGAAUUAUCACCAACAGAGGACAUUAAUAAAGGCGAAUUUUAUCACUUAGUGUUAUUGGAGAGAAAUGAAAGUCAUGGCAUCAAGGAUUUUGAUCUCCAGGAAGUCUGGGAAGAUAUGCAUGAGUUUGAAAGUCAGUGGCAAUGUGAUGCAAGAAAUUACAAAGAAGUGCCUUUGAUCCAUGACAAAAAUCUCACUUGGAGAAAAGAUCAGCGACUUAAUCAGUCCUCAGUUACUCUUCCUGAAAAGCAGGGUGUUUCUGUGAGAAACAAUAUGUACCAGCAUUUCAUGCAUGAUGAGCCAUUUAUAAGGAAUUUAUUAAAAAUGGACAAUAACAGAAGUGGUGCUGGAAACCAGUACAUAAACUGCGUGGAAAAUAGAAUUGGAUUAAUUUCUCAGGCACAUCUGCCCAAACUGCAGACAUUUCAUAGUGAGGAGAAAAUGUAUGAAUGUAAUCCAACUGAGAAGUCUGUCAGCAAUGGUUCCUCAGUUUCCCCACUUGAAAGAAUUCCUCCCAGUACCAGAAACAUUUGGAAUAAAUCUAGGAAGAUUUCUAAAUAUCCUUUGUUACCUGCACAAGCCAGGAGAGCAUACGCUAGAGGAAAAUCUUACAAAUGUAAUGAAUGUGGGAAGGCUUUUAGCAAAAGCUCAAACCUCAUGAGUCAUGAGAUCAUUCAUUCUGGACAGAGACCUUAUAAAUGUAAUGACUGUGGCAAAGCCUUUUCUGAGCGCUCACGUCUUAUUCGACAUAUGAAAAUCCAUACUGGAGAGAAACCUUACAGAUGUAAUGAAUGUGUCAAAUCCUUUAACAGGGUUUCUAGUCUCACCAGACAUCAGAGAGUCCAUACAGGAGAGAAACCAUAUAAAUGUAACAUAUGUGGCAAGGUCUGUAGUCAAAAUUCAAACCUUGCAAAUCAUCAGAAAGUGCAUACUGGAGAGAAACCUUACAAAUGUAAUGAAUGUGGAAGGGCAUUUAUCCAUCGUUCACAACUUUGGAGUCAUGAGAGAGUGCAUACUGGUGAGAAACCUUACAAAUGUAAUGAAUGCAGCAAAGCCUUUGCUGAGCGUUCAAAUCUUACUCAACACAAGAAAAUCCAUACUGGAGAGAAACCUUACAAAUGUAAUGAGUGUGGCAAAGCUUUUAAACAGUGCUCACAUCUCAUUAGACAUCAGAAUACACAUCGUGGAGAGAAACCACACAAAUGUGAUGUAUGUGGCAAGGCUUUUAUCCAAAGUUCUAGCCUUAUAGAACAUCAGAGGAUUCAUACAGGAGAAAAACCGUAUAAAUGUAGUGAAUGUGAUAAGGCUUUUAUCAGACGUUCACACCUCUUGGGUCAUGAGAGGACUCAUACUGGAGAGAAACCUUACAAAUGUAGUGAGUGUGGCAAAGCCUUUGCUGAGCGCUCAAAUCUUACUCAACAUAAAAAAAUCCAUACUGGAGAGAAACCUUACAAAUGUAAUGAGUGUGGCAAAGCUUUUACCCAAUUUGCAAAGCUUAGUAGGCAUCGGAAAAUGCACACUGGAGAGAAGCCACACAAAUGUAAUGUGUGUGACAAGGCUUUUACCCGAAAUUCAAGCCUUGUGGAACAUCAGCGAAUUCAUACAGGAGAAAAACCUUGUAAACGUAAUAAAUAUGCUAAGAUUUUCACCAAACGUUCAGACCUUUAGAGUCAUGAGAGAAGUUAUACUGGAGAGAAACCAUACAAAUGUAUUGAUGGCAAAGCCUUUAGGGAGCAUUCACAUCUUCUUCAGCAUAAGAAAAUCCAUAUUGGAGAGAAACCUUAUAAAUGUAAUGAGUGUGGCAAAGCUUUUACUCGAUUUGCAAAACUUACUAGGCAUCAGAAAAUACACUGUGAAAAUAAAGUAUAAACCUAAUAUGUGUGGCAGUGCUUUUAUUAAAGCUCAAGCUUUGCAGAUCAUCAAAGAACUCAUAAUAGAAAGAAACCUUACAAAUAAAAUGAGCAAGUGUUCAAGCCUUACUCAACAUCAGAGAUUCCAUCAGGGAGAGGAACCAUGUGGAACUAAUGUAUGAGGGAAAGCUGAUAACCAGGGUUCACACCUCACCUGAUAUCUGAAACAAAUCUCUGAAAAAAGCACACAAAAUGGAUUUAUGGCAAGGCUUAUCCAAAGCUUAUUAUACCUUAUGGAACAUAAUUACUAUUAGAGGGAAGCCUUACAGAUGUAAUGAGUGUGAUCAGGUUUAUUAAAAAUGUAGAAAUUGGGGAGGGGGAUAAACAAGGUUAAUGGGAUUAAGAGAUACAGACUUCGAGUGAUUAAAAAGACAGUAAACAAUGAUUU